GUGCAGUGGGAGCCGGUAGGGACCGAGGAUGAGUCAAAGGCAGUUCAAGCCAUGACUGAUGGGUUGAAACUCAGGAGAGUUUCAACAGAGUCUUCUCGAUGAUCAAGAAGGCUGGUGGCAACUAGAGGUGGUGGAAUUUUGAGUUCCGUUAUCAGAUUACAGAAGUACAUGUGCACAGUUGAAGCGCAGGUGAACAUUGUUCCGUGGCUUCAAGUGGGAGAUUGUUGAGUGUGAAGCCAGGAAGCUAGGUGGAAGCUAACAGGAAAUUGGCAGGAAGCUACCUAGAAGCUUACGGCUUAAUCAUUGUCUCCCUAACUAAUCUCUAUUUAAGAGAUGCUAAUGUGCUUGUUGUAACGGUUUGUUAAGCACCCUUAAGCUUAACGGAAGUAGUGUAGCUCGAGAGAGUCUCUCGGGAGGCUGGAUUAGCCACAAGUUGUGGUGAACCAGGGUAAAUCUUGGUGUGCUCCCUUUACGCUUUCUACGCUCUUUAUCUUUCACGUUCUUAAUUUUUUAUUCCUGCGAUUUCUACGAUCAAACGCUAUUCACCCCCCCUCUAGCGUUAGUCACUUAUUCUAACAAUUGGUAUCAGAGCCUAACUCGCGUCCAAACUUAACCGUUUGAGAGUAAAGCGAUCAUGGGUUCUUCUUCUAGAAAUCUUUAUACAGGGAUUGGAGAAGGUCAAUCAACUACACGGCCACCUCUUUUUGAUGGAACCAAUUAUACAUAUUGGAAAGAACGAAUGAGAAUCUAUAUUCGUUCCACGAACUUCCAAUUAUGGUUGGUUAUCAAAAACGGGGAAGAGGUGCCGAUGAAGAAAGUCGGAGACAAGUUGAUCCCCAAGACCGAAGACGAGUUUGAUGC